GAAAUAGUAUAUACCUCCGAUAUUUGUACCACUUUUGAGAGGUGCAACGCCUAUAUUCUAUGAGUCUCUUGAUAUGCGCCAUUAACUGAAUACCAGAGAUGGGCAUCACAAAGGAGACAGUAGAGGCCACCUUGACUGCGAAACUCAAUCCAACUCACCUGAAUGUGAUUGAUACAUCUGGAGGAUGUGGAGCGAGCUUUAAUGUUGAGAUAGUGUCAGCCCAAUUUGAAGGGAAGAGGUUGCUGGAGCGGCAUCGUAUGGUAAAUUCAGCACUAGCAGAAGAACUAAAAGAAAUUCAUGCACUUUCCAUAAAGAAGGCUGUAACUCCACAGCAGUGGCAAGAACAACAAGCUCAAUAAAAGCAUCUACCCAAUGAGCAUCUGACAUUGAUUAGUUUUUGAGCUUGACUUUGUGAAACUAUCAUGUUGAAAUGAGAAACUGAAACAUGUUAUUUAAUAAACUGAGAAGUACUAAAAUGGGGAGAUUUCUAGAAAACAUAGCUGGAAAUUAAGAUGAUGAGAAGGAAGGAGAUAUUAUUUAGACCCUAAGCCAUAUAAGUGGUUUCUUUUCACCAACAUCUUCAGGCUUUAAAGGUUUGACUUUUCCUAUUUAUUGGCAGUCUUGUUGUCAAACAAAUUAUGCAGUGUUAUGACUUUAAUGCAUUGUUAGCAUGUUUGAAUGUU